GCAGCGUGUGUGUCAGGUGUCUAGCUUCAACGCUGCAUUUCUCUUGUGCUCCAGUUUUUUCUCUCGGUCAUUUUCGGUGUUUACAGUCAGUCUAAGCGGAACAAACAGCUUCUGGGGCAGAAUUAUUGUCGUUGUGAAGAUGGAGAAGCGAGACGGGACCGGUAAACGGACCAACUCGGAGCAGAGGAAGCUUCGUUCCCGUGACGCCGCCAGGUGUAGGCGGAGCCAGGAGACGGAGAUCUUCUACGAACUCGCCCGGACGCUGCCGCUGCCUCGCCGAGUCUCCGCCCACCUGGACAAAGCCGCCAUCAUGAGGGUGGCGCUGAGCUUCCUGAAGAUGCAACAGCUGCUCGAAAUUGAAGAUGAGGAGAUGGAGAUGGAGGAGGAAAGCAGAGAAGAUCUGAUGGACUCCUUCUAUCCUCAGACAUUGGCGGGUUUCGUCAUGGUGAUGACGGAGGAGGGAGACAUGAUCUACCUGACGGAGAACGUCAGCAAACACAUCGGCAUCGCUCAGCUGGAGCUCCUCGGUCAGAGCAUCUAUGAGUUUAUUCAUCCAUGUGAUCAGGAGGAGCUGAGAGACCUGCUGACUCCACGACCUGGUCUGAGUAAGAAAUCUCAGCCCAGCCAGAGGAACUUCUUCCUGCGGAUGAAGAGCACUCUGACCAGCAGGGGGCGCACCGUCAACAUCAAGUCUGCUUCCUGGAAGGUCCUCCACUGCACUGGCCACAUCCGUCCUUUUGGCGUCUCGUCGUCGCCUCCUGCAGGCCGAGUUAUGACUCUGCUGUGUGAACCCAUCCCUCACCCAUCCAGCGUGGAGUUCCCCCUCGACUCCUUCACCUUCCUCACCCGCCACAGCAUGGACAUGCGCUUCACCCACUGCGAGGGCAGGGUUAAAGAGUUGGUUGGAUACAAACCGGACAACCUAAUUGGACGCUCGGUGUUUGAGUUUCAUCACGCCCUCGACUCUGAUCAUGUUGGCAAGAGCAUAAUCACACUGCUGUCCAAAGGGCAGAUGACCACCAGUUACUACCGCUUCCUGGCAAACAGCGGCGGCUUCGUCUGGGCCGAGACCCAGGCUACCGUCCUCUACAGCAACAAGACGUCGCAGCCGGAAGCCGUCGUCUGCCUCAACUUCAUCCUCAGCUCCGUGGAGCAGCCAGACGUCAUUUUCUCCAUCGAACAAAACCGCUGUGGUGAAUCUGAAUCCCAGCCGGCGGCAGCACCGGAGACCAGCGGAGCUUCUGAGGAGUCUGAUUCAGACCUCGGCAACUCUGCGAACCUCUUCAUGAAGCUGCAGGAGAAACCGGAGGAGCUUCUUCAGUUGGCUCCGUCAGCCGGAGAUGCCAUCGUACUGCUGAACAAAGGUUCUCUGGAACUUUCCUUUGCGAGUCCAUCCAGUCCGACCUCAGUUCAAGAUCCUCAGGAGCUGUGCAGCCCUCAGCUCCGACAACUGCUGUCGCCCAUCUUCAGCCCUCUGACUCCUCCAUUGUCUUCAUCGGCGUCUUCACCUGAGCUGCUGCCGAUCACCAGUGAGGAAGAGGAUGAGGAGGAGGAAGAGGAGGAGGACAAGGAGGUGAUGGACACCAGAGAGGUGGAGAAGUUCUUUGCCAUUUGGCCAGAAGAUGAUAAGAAGAAACAAGACACUGUGGAGGGCAUGGAGGUGAUGGAUCUGGACAUGUUGGCUCCGUACAUCUCCAUGGACGAUGACUUCCAGCUCACCCUCCUCAGCAAUUUGCCAGAAGUAGUUGAAAAACCUUCGACUUCUUCCUGUGAACCUUCGCCUGCAACACCUGCAGUGACUCUGGGAAGGAAACGGACUCAUACCCCAGAUGAUGAAGAGCUGCUGCUGCCUCAGAUGAUGAUUCCGGACAAGAAACCCAAACAAGAUCCUCCGUCGAUAGAAGAAGAACUUCUUUUCACCCACAAAUUACUGGGCUCUCUGGAGGAAGCCGACCCGUCUGAUCUGCUCAUGGAUUCAGGACCAAAGCAUCGAAGUCGUCUGCUCACCGACAGAGACCCGGUUUUAGGAGGCGUUCAGGGACUCUGUGACACUGCAGCUCUGAUGAAGAACAUCUUCUUGCCUCGCCCUCCUGAUCUCUCCCCUCCUCUCUCCCCCAUGACCUGAUGGGCUUCCUGCUCGUCCGGACAGUCGACUUUUUCACCUCAAAGCGAGAAAGUCGACGCCAGAACCAAGCGUGCACAAACUAUAGAAACGCAACACACCGCUAACAGAAACGCACACAAGUCCAGACUCACCCAAAAACCGAGCUGUCGGGUCCGAGGCGACCCGAACCAAACCAGGACGGCGUCUCAUGUUGGGUUUUCUCACUGUGAAGCCAGCUGCCUGUUGAAAAUCAGAGAAAACCGGACUGGGGGUGCUUUAGUUGGCCACCUUUAACCUCACGCUGCUCGUUUCGCUUCAUUGCUGAUCUUGAGAUGUAAUAGAUAUAAACAAUAUCUGUUGUCAAUAAAGAGCAGUUGGUGCUAAUAAUCUGCAUGAAAACUGCGUGAAACAUUGAGAUGAAAUAUUCCUCCGUGCAGCUAAUCAGUUUUCUGUCCUUUUGUUUCUCUUCAGCGAAUAUCAGUGGCAUAUUUUUAUACACAUGUGCAAGACUUUUUUAAAAUAGUGCAUUUAAACUCCUGUCAUCCUCAAAUCACCAGUCGUAUUAGUCUAGCUUUAGUCUUCCUGAGAUGUCGGGUUGAUGGGCUUCAGUUUAUCGUACACUCCCUAUCAGCCAACGUGAGACGAUCAAUCACUGAUAACGUUUUUAAAUAUAUAAGACUUUCAGAUCCAUCACCUGGACUGUAAAAGAUUUCUGACCAUAAAACGAUGCAGUUUGAUUUGUCCUUUUAUUAAAUCUUUAAACGUAGAGUUGAUGAAUUUGCCAUAUUGAAGCCAUUAUUAGGUGCAGUCUAUAUACGAGGGUUAGAAAUGGGAUUUAACACUAGUAUCUUAGGGUUGUUUUUGUCUUUAAGUUUGAAUUAUUGACUUGUAACCAGUUUUAGCUUGACAUGUAGCCUCAUACUCUUCUUGGAGUGUUUGAUGAAAUAUUGAUGUGGAGAAUUGUUAUUCAGUUAUUUCCUACAUAAUUCUGUCUUUUUUGUUUAUUUCUUCCAAAACUCUCUGUGCCUUUUAUCAUCCAAUGCACCGGGAGAAGAUUAAAAUACUGUUCUUUGAUUUUUACUGUUUAUCCAGUGUGUAUUCUGGAACUAAAUAAAGCUGUUGAAGAAAAAGCAGAA